AUGAAAACUAGAUUUCUUAAAGGAAUUUUCCCCAGAUCAACCAACUGGUGUACAUCUGAAGGAGAACUUAAAGUGGCUCUUCAGAAAUACAAGGAGAAUAAAUGGGCUCAAAACACACUAAUAUCCAAAGUUAGGCUUCAAGACGGAGCAUCACCGAACGCGGUCCCUGCAGCAGGCGGACCGGGGACGCAACCAAGUUGGUGGUGCGGAGCUCCCUUGGUCGGUCUCCCGCAGCCGUACUUUGUCCUGACUCGCCUGGCACCUGCCCACGGGCACACUGCAGCGCUUGGCUCAGCCCGGCAGGCUUGCCGGCUAAUCGUCCGGCAGUGCUGUUGUGGCGGCGGCGGUAGGAGGAAGAGGAGAGCGAGUCCGGGAGGGCUUCUGCCGCCCAAGCAGAGCAGCGGCAGAAGUAAGGGAGCGCCGACUGAAGAGCAGGCCUCGGCAGCCUCGGUUGCUCGGCUUGGUCCUUCUCCUCCCUCCCGCAGCCGCAGAGCGAGUCGUGGCAGGCAGGGAGGCGGGCGGCGUCACAUUGCACGUAACGCGGCGCUCCGUACUAGACACCGCCGCCGCCUCCGUCGUCAGGACGCCUUCUCCUUUUCCCUCCGCCCCUUUCGAAAGCUCGGGCAAUGGUUGGCGAACCGAGGAGGCCCGCUUCGACUGAGCGGGCCCGGGCCUGUGCGCGGACUCUACGUCGUCUUCGGAUUGUUGCCUGCAUCCGUAAUCUGGCAAUGGUGGAGAGUGAAAAGCCUGAGGAAGGUUUUUGGUUCCUUGGGGACCUCAGGCUCAAGGGUCACAGUCUCUGGAGAGGCCCAGCGUCUGUGUCUUUGUCUAGGUCUUCUGUAGUCUUCAUUGCUGGUCCUUCUGAUGUGACUGGCUAUGCCUUGCCUGGCUGGUGCUGACCCGUGACAAUGCCUUUUCAGUGAUGGCUCCCCAUUUGUGGAAUGCCCUCCACAGUGAGGUGUAUCUGUCUUCAUCACUACUGACUUUCAGGAGGAAUCUGGAAACAUUUGUGUUUGCCCAGGCAUUGGAGGGCUGAAGGGGACUGUUCUGGCAACCUGAAGAUCACUGAUCCCAGAAUGUUUUUAACUGUGUUUCAGAACAUUUUAAACUGUGUUUUAGAAUGUUUUUAAUUGUAAUUGUGUUUUUGGAAUGUUUUAAACGUUUUGUAUGCUUUUUCUUGUUAAAUUGUUUUGUUCAUGUUUGCCACCCUGGGCCCCUUCUUGAGGAAGCGUGGGAUAUAAAUUCAAUAAAAACAAACCAACAUGUUAGGAUCUAAACUGCUGCCCAGAGUAAGGUCAUGUCACUACCAGACUUGUCAGACAUCUCAACUUUGUUGGCCGAGCACUGUGGGGAGUGGCAAUAAGUGGUAUGCGUUGCUUACCUAAAGGAUGUAGCUCUUUGGCAGCAAGUCAAGGAAUUAAGACACCAGUACAUGAGACUUGCUUUGCUGGAUCAAGCCAAGGUCCAUCUAAUGCAGCAUUCUGCCAUCAAAGCCUCGUGGGAAACACAUGAUUCCCCCCCCCAGGAUGUGAUACUACAUAGAAUGAAGGACUUCCAGCAGUUUAAUAACAGUUCAGGUAUCCCCUUAAGUGGUUACAAUUUGAGCUAUGCAAAAUAACGCCUUUAUUCGACAUUCAGGAGUCUAUCCUGCACAUAGGAUUCAGAUGGUAUGCUACUACCAGCUUUGGAAAAAGGAGAGAACUAGGAGACCUGCUCUUGCUGGCUGCUGUCUUUGGCAUCUUUUCUUUGCUUUUGCAGGCAUUGGAUCUGAAACUAUGGGAAAAGGAAAACCUGACCUAAAUAUAGACAAGGAUGACAUGCCAUGGAGCCAUCUAGUUCACACAUUGUCUCAAUUUCCUGACAUGGAAGAACAAUCCUUGUUAGCCCCCAAUACACAUUGAUGGCAGCCAAACAUAUCAUUUGCAAGAGGUUCUUGGCACACAAUUUGAGUGAUCCUGAAACAGGGCAGUGUGCUCACUGAAUAGAUAAUGAAUAAUGUCUGUCUAGUUGUGGUGAGGCCAAUUCCACAGUAGGGUCGGUUGCAAACAGAACCAGCAAGAGACUUCACAUUGCUGGUGAGAGUAGUCAAUAAAUAGGCAGGAGCUGUGUUCAGCUGUAGGUCAGGAAGCAAGGACUGGUUACAGUGGAGAACAUGGGUGUCAGGGAGAGGCAGUUCAGCACCCUGGACAGAUCGCCGGUAGCAGCUGUUUGCCAUUAGCCCUCCUGACUCAUCUGACCUCUCUCUGUGUGUGCUGCAGUGUCUUGUUCACAGCUGUUGGCUGAGGGCCAUAACAAUGUUGCUUAAUGGGGCGGGGGCCAAGGGCCAUGAGCACAGGAGAAGGCACACUGCUUCUGAGCUCAUGGAUUCCUGGAUUGGGGCCAAAACCACUCAUGUAUUAUGAGCAUCCUACUUGUAUGUUCAUUAGGUGUGGUGUAUGACAGUCAAACAAAGCUCAGAGCUGAUUGUUAAAAAGCAUUUCUUCAGCAGUGUUUGGAAUGCUUGUUAGAAAUGAAACCAGCUCUAUUGAGGGAGUAGAAUUUGUACUGUAUGAUGUUCUGUGGACAUUAGUGGUAAUACGUGGAAUAUUGGUGGGAGCAAGCAGACGAUAAGCAAACUAGAAGCUUCACACUUUUGUGCUGCUAAUCACUGAACAACACUGAAGAUAAAUAAUAGUUUGUCCAACAUUUUAGAAUGCAGGUAGCCUUUUUAUCCUUUUAAAAUGGCAAAAGAACAAAAACAUCAUUUGAUUCUCCAGUAGUAAACUUGGGUGGUUGAGUGUCACCUGCAAUAGCUUGCAUGUGAAAUGGGGUGGGCUUACCCCCAACUAAGGCAGUGGUUUUUACAUAAUCGGGGGAUUAAUCAGAUAUCCAGAAGUAGAUACAUGUAUAAAUGAAAAAUAUUUUUUGAAAAUCUUCAAAGCCCUACGAUAAUAUGUUGAUAGUAGUUGAGCCUGCAGAUACAAACUUUUUUUAUGUUUAGCAUAACUAACCCAAAUGCCUGGAGAUGGAAUUUUCGGGGUCACAAUGAGUGCCAAAGCCAGAAACUCGUAUCUUUGCUUCUAUCUUUUGUUUGUGUGGACAUUGCUGACCAAUCACAUUAUGCUAAAAUGCUGGAUUUCUCCAUGGUUCUAUAGCCUAACACAUGUCUUAGUAACAGUACUUAGUGCUUAGACUACUGUAGGGAUAGGGAACCUGAGGCCCAUGGGUUGAACAGCUCUCCAGGCCCCUCUGUCUGGCCCUCAGAACUCUCCCCAGGUGACACCCCUCACUGGCCCUGCUUUGCUCCCUCCUUGAGCACAUAGCCCCUGAUUCUAGGUGCACAGUAGGCAUUUGUGAAGGAGUGAGAAAGUAGAGUGAGUGGUGCCUUCUGAGUGCACAGUGAAUGCUCAUGGCUCGGCCUCCCCCCUCCCCAAUGCAGGGGAGGGAGACUGCAAUGACUGGGAGUAUAUGUGCCCCUCCACACUGGGGGCUGCAGUGGAACCCUGUGCAUGGGGGCAGCUUGCAUCUCGCUGUGGUUCUGCAAGGCAAAGGAGCUCGUAAGUGUUUGGCCAGCAGUUGCAAUGUGUUGCGAAGUACAUGGUGUUUGCCAAUAGAAGGCUUACCUGCACGUGGGAUUGCUAACAGAAGUCUCACGCCGUUCCCUGCUGUUUGGCAGGGAGUGGAGAAGUGUGUUACGUCAAUGCAGUUCAGAGAAGACAGUAUUCACAUAUGGCGUAGGGUGUGUGUGUGAGAGAGAAACGGAGAGGUGAAUCUUAGCAGUUAUGCUUGCAGUAUGUGUUCUCCCUUCCCUUGCUUAUCUC